UACGGAUUUUUUGUAUAAGUAUUAUUAUUUUAGAUAUUAUUAAUAAUGCAGACCCAUCUGAAAAAAUCUUAAGCAACCCUAUUAUGACAAAUGAUGACACAUGUGGUAGUGGAAAUAAUAAUUUUUUGGAAACUCAAUUACCUAAAAAAGCUAUGGAUAAAGGUACUUCAUCUUCAAGCAGUGACUCAUCUUCAAGCAGUAACUCAUCAUCAAGCAGUAAGUCAUCAUCUAGCAGUAACACAUCUUCUGAUACAGACAACAGUUCACAACAUUCUAAAACCGAUACCGAUCCUUAUGGAUCAGAUGACAGCAUCGCAGAUCCUCCUUUUAAUCCACCUGUCAUUAAAAGGCAAGUUAAAAUAACAACAGGUAAUGCAAUUAAAAAAAGAAAAGUUAAAGAUCCGUCAAACAAUGAAAAGGUGGGUAGGAAGAAACUUCGGCAGCCUGCAACUUGGAAACAGGAAGACACAAAGAGAUUGCGAAAUGGCGGGGAAGCCUAUUUAUCUACCAGAAUUGUUCAAAAUGCAGACGGCACAAAAACCAAAUCCAAAAUAUUGCGGCCAGCUAAAACCCUUUUACCACCCUGCGGGAAUAAAUGCAAGUUAAAGUGUUCCGAAAAAUUAGACGAAGCACAGAGAAACAAAAUCUUUAAAGAAUACUGGAAUCUGAAUGACCUUGACAAACAAAGAGAAUAUAUCGUUGAUUGGGAAGAAUAG